CUUCCACUGCCGCACCAGCCACAGAAAAGGUGCGGUUCUAGCAUACAGUGCCCCUGCAUAGGAGAGCGAUGGUGAAAUCCUCAUAGGGGCCCACUGCAUUUGUGCGCCGGUGUGAGAGGACCACCGCUCACUCUAGGGGUUUGAUGGACAGGGGUCUCCUAAUGGGAUGCCAAAGAAGGCAUUAACGCAACCCAGCUGACACAAUGCAAGGCCACAGCAGGAAAGCAGAGGAGCGAAGGAGCGCAAGCUCCGACGAGUGCCUCCCCGUGUCGCCGGGAGAGCAACGCUCGGACCAAGAGCACUCCCAAAGGCCGGUCCUCGGUGGCGACGAACAGGGCCACGUUGACAACAGCAUAUCUGAUUCUCCGACACUUUCUGAGCCACAGGUGGCCCCGAAGCAAGAUGCAGCCCAGCCCCCAACCUCGGGCAAGGACAAGCCGCCCAUAUUGUGCCACAAAUGCUCGGAGCCCUGCAAGGGAGAGGCACUACGUGUGCAGGAUCGCCACUUUCACAUCAAAUGCUUCAUUUGCAAAGUGUGCGGGUGCGACUUGGCUCAGAAUGGCUUCUUCAUGAAGAGCGGCGAGUACCUCUGCACACAUGACUACCAGCAGCAGCACGGUACCCGCUGCACAGGCUGCGGGGACUUUGUGGAGGGGGAGGUGGUGACGGCCCUCGGCAAGACCUACCACCCGCAGUGCUUCGUGUGCGCUGUGUGCAGGUGCCCUUUCCCAGCCGGGGAUCGCGUGACCUUCAACGGGAAGGACUGCCUCUGCCAGCGCUGCAUCCAGCCUGUCGCAACCAAUGCCAAAGACAUCGGCGCUUCCACCAGUAAAAUUCAAAACAUACCGAACUGCACUGGCUGUGGCAGUGACAUCAUGAACGGGCAAGCCCUGCUGGCACUUGAUAAACAGUGGCAUCUUGGCUGCUUCAAAUGCAAGACCUGCGGCAAGGUGCUCACGGGCGAGUACAUCAGCAAGGAUGGCGUGCCAUAUUGUGAGCAGGACUACCAGAGCCAGUUUGGGAUUAAGUGCGAGGAGUGCGGGAAGUUCAUCACUGGGAAAGUGCUCGAGGCAGGGGAGAAACACUACCACCCUAGCUGCGCACGAUGCGUCAGGUGCAAGCAGAUGUUCUCUGAGGGCGAAGAGAUGUUCAUGCAAGGCUCUUCCAUCUGGCACCCGGAGUGUAAGCGGGCAGAAAGGGCGGAGGAAAAACAAAAGAAGCUCUCUCCCCAGCCUCGCUGGCGCAUCAGCCCAAAGCCAACCCGGUCCUCGUCGGAGAGCAUCUCCUCGCGACCAGGCUCCAGCCUCGGCUCUCCUGGGCACACCAUAUAUGCCAAAGUGGACAAUGAGAUUCUGGAUUACAGGAACCUGGCUGCCAUCCCCAAAGUUAAAGCCAUUUAUGAGAUCGAGCGCCCGGACAUGAUUACGUACGAGCCGUACUUUAGCUACGGCCUGGACGAGCGCCAGGAACGCUACAGCCUUAGCGAACGGCAGAGCGUUGGGGAGCUCUCCCCACGGACCAUCUCUCCGACCCCGUCUUAUGAGAGCUACCAGGACGGGAGGGAGCGCGGUGAGCGCCGCCUGAGCCAGAGCUCGGGCAACGCCGCCCACUUUGCCCGCCACAACUACGUGCCGCCCACCGCACGCUCCCCGCAGCACUUCCACCGUCCAGAGUCGCUGUCAUCCGGUGUGCCUCGCUCACAGUCACGUACUGUUAGUAGCAACACUGACUCCUCCACCACCACCAUCACUAGCCGCCCUGUUUCCCCCAACAAACACAACUAUGUGCCCAAUAUCAAAGGGCCAGACUCAGUGAGUGGGCGGAAUUCACCAUUCCCCUUCUGGUCCGACAGCCGGCCCCAAACUCCGACACUGUCUCAGGCUCCCAAACACUUUCACGUUCCAGAUGCUUCGCUUAAUAUCUACAAAAAGCCUCCAAUCUACAAACAACACGAUCCAGCUGCGAUGGCUGCAAAGCGUAAGACAAGCGAGGAAAUUAUACAGUCGGCCAAGUUCCCAGCAGCGCAGGCCCCCGAUCCUGAGGUUCCCGCCAAAAUUGAGAGCGAGCACUGGCCGUGUCCACCAUCCACCGCCUCCCUUGGUUCAGAAUGGAGAAAGAAAUCCCCUUCCUUGCCCAGCAUGGACGAUGAAGAGAAACAAAAGCGGAAGCAGCUACAGGGGCAGGAGCUCGGCAAGGUGCAGUCAGGAUUAGGCAAGCUGAUUCUGAAGGAAGAGAAGGAGAGGGAGGGAGCUGAUAUACAGGAUGGCUUGUUGGUAUCGCGCAGUCCCACUGCCGGCAGCAGGCUGUCACCUCUCGGCAAGCGCCACGACACCUCCCUCAAUGCCUCACCCACACGGACAGUGCAGCCUUCUGGGGAAGCUGACCCCUCCAAGACCGCAUCCCUUCCGGGCUACGGCACAAACGGAAUUCAAAGGCAUCAAUCAAUGGACUUCACUCAGUAUGGAUCCAACAACUUUAGUGACAGCUGGGGAACCAGAGAAUAUAAGGUGUAUCCAUACGAGGCACUCCUCGUGACCAACAGAGUGCGCUCCAAGCUACCCAGAGAUGUGGAUCGUGCCCGCCUAGAGCGCCACCUGUCUCCAGAAGAGUUUGACAACAUCUUUGGGAUGACCAUCCAGGAGUUUGAUCGCCUGGCCCUCUGGAAGAAGAAUGACCUCAAGAAAAAGGCCCGUCUGUUCUAACACAGCAGAGUCUUCGAGGAAGCAGAAUCGGUCACAAGUAAUAGCUUUUGGCUCGGUGAUCAUAAAUUUAUUUAAUCACAAGAGAUGACACUCCAUGCUGCACAUUGCUAAAAAAAAGCCAAACACUAUGGUGAGACUACAUAUAAAGGAUAAAAUAUUACAAGAUAAUUACAACACACACAUAGGAAGACUUUGGUGGAUUUAGACCAAGUGACUUAUUAUUUGGUAAAAUGAAAAUUGCAUGAAAGACAUAGAGAUAUUUAGGAAUCGUAUGUAGCAACUGCACACAUUUACAGUCGAGGAAGCAAUUUGUGUGAUGUUAAAUACUAUAAUAUGCUUCCACGACUUACAUGAAAAGAUGCAGUUACUGCAGGGAUGUACUUCCAUAUACAUGUUAAAGGAGUACACGCAGAGGAUUGGUGCGAGUGCAUUCGGCUGUAAGGAAUAACGUAGAAGGUGUUCAGUGUAUGACUAUGUUAUACAAAGGUUAAGCAUUCUGUAAUAUUGCCACAACGCUCACUCACAUUGCCAAGGCAUACAACUGUGACAGUGCUGCAAUUGAAGCUUUACCAGGACACUUGACGUUUCAUAGCCUACGACGAAUAUUCACACGACACCUAUAGGUGUAGUAAUGAUGUCCUGUUUGCCUUUAGCUGCUGUAUAGAGAUGGUGUUGUCAACUGCUGUCCGUUAGACUAACGAGCCACAACAGCUAAAUGCUUUGCUGCAGUUUUAAGCAGAUCUAGCUUCUGUUUUAUUUUGUAAGCAUAGAAUAGACUCAAAAAUGUGAUCUUUAGAGAUGAAAACUUAGCAUACACUUAUACCGAUGAGUGACUAUAUGAUGUGUUAUGUGAAGUUGUUGUUACAUAUAUAAAUUUAAUCAUGUUCUGGCUUUCAUUAAUGUAGCCUGACUUGCCACAAUAAGCAGCCUUUAGUCAGCUUUGAUGUAUUUCACAAAGCUACACUUUAGUAUUUGGACUAAGUGCUUAGUGUACCAUAUCUUAUUACAUCAUAAAACACCCACAAUUAACAUACCCUUAUUUAAACGUGUACACCUUAAUAUUAUCAUGUAAAGCAGAAUUUAAGCACGACAUUUGACGAGUCUAAAGUUACACUGGAAACUGUAUAGAAUUACAAUACACAAGCAGUCUGCAAAGAGCCAACUUAAAUGUAAGAUUGUCACUUCUAGCUUCAACUUUCUUUAUUCAUGCUCAUCAAAUAAAAUAAAUUUGUGUGGUUGAAAGUAUUGGUAAAGAUUAUUUAUAAUUGUCUCCUUUAAUUUUAACUCUUGGAAUUAUUCUACUGUAGUUACGAGAUUGUGAUUAAUUGAAGAAACUUGUAAUAAAUACAUUAUUUCUCCAUUUUACUUUGUUAAUUAUGUUAAUGACAAUCAUAUUUUGACACAGUUGGUCAUGCGUUUAAUAUUGUACCAACUUUUUGGCAACAGAAAUAAUAUAUUUUAAAAAGAAUGGAAAUGAUAUUGACUUUUCAUUAUGAAACAAUCAAUUUCUAAGGGAAUGUCUAUAUUAAAAUUCAAUAUUUUCCUUUUUAAAAUCUAAAUUUACCAAAAAACACAUUUCCACUGAACAAAUUUUAAUGUAUUUUGAGCUCACUUUUUCAGUAGCUUUUUAGAGUUUUGAAAUGUACAAAUUGUAUUUUAUUAAGCACAAAAUGACGAGAACUUGCUCUGUUUCAUAGUGAAAGUCAAUAGUUACUUAACAUCACCAUACACAACCGUACUUAUUUUAAAACCCGAUGUUUCAUUUGGUAUAUAGUGGAGUGCGAUAUGUCGUAGUGAUAAUGCUUUCUGUAAGUUUUGUGCCUGCUUUGCUGUUAUAGGACAAAAAAAUGCCUCACAAAUCACCACCAUUAACCUGUUUUCUCUUUUUUAAUACAGUUAUUAGCCAAUGUAUUUUUAACAAAGAUUAACCAUUUGUGACAUUUUAUGAAAUAAGAAUGUAUUACCCCUAAUGAAGUUCUAAUUUCUUAGGAAUACUGUAUGCAUAAUUAUUAUGAUAAUAUAUGAUCUAGAAAUGUAGUUUCUUGCUAAAAACAAGGGCAUUUAAAUGUUUGCCAAAGUAGUUAUGAUGCAUAUCACAUUCUUUGCUAAUAUGGCAGAGUAAUAGUGCACAUUUAAAAUGCAUUAAUAACAAACAAGAAAAAUGCUUACACAGUACAGUAAUAAUAAAACGACAGGAUGGUAAGAUAGGAAGCGUAUAGUAUUUCUGCUUAAACGUAAAGACCGUGUGCCGUUCAUUUGAAUCCCAGCGUUUAGCUUGCAUUGCCUGUGCACGGAAUUGGCACUAGCAUUGAGCCACAGGGGCCGUGCGUUUGAGGUACCUGUAGCAGCGCUGAGGUGCUGCAGUGCUUUACGUGUAUUGGCGUACAGGAAGUGGCCAUUUGCUACAGCAGAUUUUGCUUUCAGUAGCCCUCGCUUAGAAUGGCUUUUGCUCCAACGUUUGCUAUGCAGCAAGACUUGUGUCAUUGUGGAAACUGGCUUGUCCCUGUCAGCCUAUCAAAGGUGCAUUCUUCCCCUACGCACGAGCUUAAUUCUCAUCCUAAGAACUGUGUAGUCACCUUUUUGUUUCUGUCCCUAUCGAAGUGUGUGCCAUUGCUUGUAGAAUAAACAAUAAAGAUUCUGGACUGCGCAUCUUGUUAAUCUCAAACAGUUUGAUUGUAAAGUAUAUUGAAAACCCCUUCGGCUGUAUUAUCAGCUUGCUUGUUUUGGAUGUGCCUAUUGUUUCAUUCUUUUCUCUGUAAAGUGGCUAGCCAUGUAAUUGUGGAAGUUUUUCUCAUUGUUUCAAAUUCCUGAAGCUCAACACAGCAUGAAACAGUUUGUUGUGGAAAAGUUGCGAAAUUUGGUCAAAUGUAAAUUAUAAUAGUCUCAAUAAUCAUUGAUAUUUUAAUUAAUGUUAGAGUUUAUCCCACACUAAUUGUCUAGGUGUCCAAUGCGUGUUCUGUGAUAAUGCUCUCUCUCUUGCAUCAAAUUUAAUUGUGCAACCACCUCCCAGCUCACCUGCAAUUUCCAGCAUCUCUUUUAAACACUUAAAAAGGAGAAUGUUUUUUUGCAUUGCACUGCAGACCUGUUUUCAGAGCUUUUGGUGUAUGUUUUUAUGUUUGGAGCGGCUGGCUUAGAAACACAAUGCCUUGUUGCAAAUAUUGGAUAGCACAUUAAAACAGUAUUUUUCUUUUUUUUCCAAUACAGUAGUACCUGUAUCAGAAAUGUUUGGAAAAAAAUAUCAAUGGGUUAUUUAAGGACAAAAAAUAAAGUACAGCUACUGUUUGAGUCGG